AUGGGGACGUCCCCACCCAAAGUCCAGACUUUCCUCUGGUUCGACACCUCUGCCCAAUCCGCCGCUUCCUUCUACCAGAGCGCCAUCCCCGGCUGCACGCUCCUCUCCCAGAACCAGAUGUCCGUCACGCUCUCCCUCUCGGGACACGAGCUGAUCUUGUUCAACGGCGGUCCAAGCCACGCGCUCUCACCCGCUGUAUCCCUCUUCCUCACCUGCUCGGACCAAGCGGAAAUAGACGACCUAUGGGCCAAGCUGCGUGAUGGGGGUGAGGAAAUUGCCUGCGGGUGGGUGAAGGACAAGUUCGGGCUUUGUUGGCAGGUCGUACCCCGCGGGCUUGACAAACUCGUCUUUGGCAGCGGGAGGGCGAUGCAAGUUAUGCGAGGGCAGAAGAAGCUCGAGAUUGAGCCGAUCAGGAAGGCAGCGGCGGAGGAUGGGGUCUUCCUUGAAUGA